UGGUGAAAAUAAAAACUCACUCGGACGAGACAAAAACAUAUCUGUCAGAGUUGUACAUUAACAUAUAGGAAAACUCGAUCACGCCUUUAAUCAGAUUUCCAAUCAAAAUGUUCGCCAACAAAUUGUUGACCUGCUCGGCGUUACUAAUAAUAUUAUUAUUGCUAAGCAAUGCAGUUUUUUCUCAAAAGUUUAUUAGCUUGCCGAAUGUCGGUAGUGAUGCGUCUCUGGAACAAGCAAAUUUAUUUGCCAGCAGCUCCUCAACUACCCCAACGUCUUCGACUACUGGGAAACCAAUCACAACCAGAUCAACUUCUUCAAUAACUCCACCGAAAACCAAGACAGCUUCAACUGAAUCACCAACUACCACCGCACCAGUAAUAAACACGACAAUUUACCCGCCACCAUCCGUGGGAACUUGGAAUACCUCUUGUAUUAUGCUUCAAAUGGCUGCACAACUUAAUUUUACCUAUGAAGCUAAGGGGGGAAACUUUACCAACAGUUUAUUCAAUAUCCCCAACAACGCAUCUGUUGAAGAUUCAGAAUGUAAAAGCCAGACAACUCAGUUUAUUCAUCUAAUUUGGGGACCCGAAACUUCAAAGCAAUCCAUACUAAUGUAUUUUGAUAAAAGUAAUGACACCACUGUGCUUUCUUCUAUACAAAUUCAUCUGACUUUGCUGUCCGAGGACUUUCCCGAUGCAAUGGAAAAUCAAACCGUUCAGCUUAUUCAUAAAAGCGACGGAGAGUUUAAGACACCAGAAAAGAUGUCCUACCACUGCACUCGCGUUCAGAAGAUGAAUAUGACUGAGACACUCGAUGCUAAGCAGUUGAUUGGCUGGAUCAGCGUCAGUCACGUCCAGGUGGAGGCUUUCCGGAUGGCCAACGGCACUGGUUUCUCAGUUGCCCACGAUUGCGACAGCUCGGAAACGUCGGAUGUGGUACCCAUUGCUGUUGGGAUUGCUUUAGCGGCACUAAUUUUGGUCGUAUUAAUAUCUUAUCUGUGUGCUAGGCGUCGUUCCACGUCCCGUGGUUACAUGAGCUUUUAAGAGAAGAACAUCAUCUUAUUUGUGCGGGUUGGGAAUUAAAGCAGUAUGGAAAGCAAAUCAUUAGAGAGAAAUUUAAGAUUGAUUUUAAUAAUUGAAAGCAUUGAUUAGUAGAAGUUAAAGUGGCUUGAUUUUAAUUUUUUUUUAAAAAUGAGGAUCAUUAUCAAGUGCAAUUGGGUUAAGAGUAAUUAAAUGAUUUCUUUAAAAUCUUUUUUUCUCUGUCUGUGUAAGUGUCCGAUAUUGGUUCCUUGUAUGCUCAUAUUUGUGUUUUAUUUAAAAAUUUUAUUCAAUAAAUCAAUAUCCCUAAUGUACCGCGUUAACCACAAAAAGGUGAUUCGAGCGAGGACACUGCUAUAAAUAAGGUAAAAGCCUGUACGCGAUACCAACAAGUAUAUAUUCAAUUCAAAAAAUGUUAUAUUUUUAACCAUUAUUAUUGGGGCAUAUAAAUGUGUGCAUUACUGGCCUUGAAACUGUAAUAAAUAAUAUUUAAUACCGAA